AAAGAUUCACUGGUGUGGCAAGUUGUCCACUGACUGUACAGGCAUUCAAUUUUUGCUUGGCAUUAUACAAAAGCAAAAGCAAAAGGAAACUAAAGGAAGAAGAAGAAGAACAAGGAAAAGAUUGUGGUGAUUUAAAAAAAAAAUCAUGCAAAAACUUCAGAUCUUUGUUUAUAUUUACCUGUUUAUGCUGAUUGUUGCUGGUCCGGUGAAUCUAAAUGAGAACGGCGAACAGAAAGAAAAUGUGGAAAAAGUGGGUCUGUGUGAUGCAUGCGCUUGGAGACAGAACACGAAAUCUUCAAGAAUAGAAGCUAUAAAAAUUCAAAUCCUCAGCAAACUGCGUCUGGAAACAGCUCCAAACAUCAGCAAAGAAGCUAUAAGACAACUUUUGCCCAAAGCUCCACCGCUCCGGGAACUGAUUGAUCAGUACGACGUCCAGAGAGAUGACAGCAGCGAUGGCUCCUUGGAAGAUGAUGAUUAUCACGCUACAACGGAGACUAUCAUUACCAUGCCUACGGAGUCCGAUCUUCUCAUGCAAGCAGAAGGAAAGCAUAAAUGCUGUUUCUUUAAAUUCAGCUCUAAAAUACAAUACAAUAAAGUAGUCAAGGCCCAGCUGUGGAUCUACCUGAGCCCUGUCAAGAGCCCUACAACAGUGUUUGUGCAAAUCCUGAGACUCAUCAAGCCCAUGAAAGACGGUACAAGGUAUACUGGGAUCCGGUCUCUGAAACUUGACAUGAGCCCAGGCACUGGUAUCUGGCAGAGCAUUGAUGUGAAGACUGUGUUGCAGAAUUGGCUCAAACAACCUGAGUCCAACUUGGGCAUUGAAAUCAAAGCUUUAGAUGAGGAUGGCCAUGAUCUUGCAGUCACCUUCCCCGGACCAGGAGAAGAUGGGCUGAAUCCUUUUCUAGAAGUCAAGGUAACAGACACACCAAAGAGAUCCAGAAGAGAUUUUGGACUCGAUUGUGAUGAACACUCAACAGAAUCUCGAUGCUGCCGUUACCCUCUAACUGUGGAUUUUGAAGCUUUUGGAUGGGAUUGGAUUAUAGCACCCAAAAGAUAUAAGGCCAAUUACUGCUCUGGAGAGUGUGAAUUUGUCUUCUUACAAAAAUAUCCUCACACUCACCUUGUGCACCAAGCAAACCCCCGAGGCUCAGCAGGCCCUUGUUGUACUCCCACAAAGAUGUCUCCGAUUAACAUGCUCUAUUUUAAUGGCAAAGAACAGAUCAUCUAUGGGAAAAUCCCAGCCAUGGUAGUGGACCGCUGUGGGUGCUCAUGAGGUUGGGUAGUUGAUUCAUAACCUCCUUACACAUGGAAGGCCUUCCCUUUAACAAUUUUGAAACUGUGAAACUAAAUACCUAAGGCUACAAGCCUAGCAUAUGCUACAGUCACUAACGCAUAAGCUACAGUGUAUGAACUAAAAGAGAAGACAUGCAAAUGGCUGGCAUUUAACCAUCAAAACAAUCCAUACAAUAAAGUAUUAUGACUUCCAGAUUUUUUGAACGAGGAGAUCAAAUAACAAUUAUGCUUAUAUAUACAACACAUGCAGAUAAAGAAAAAGCAAUUCUCCUUACGUUCUUGUGAAUAAAGGAGUAGGCUUUCAAGUUUGUUUCACUUACAAUUUACCAAGAAAUCUAGAUAAAAGUAUUGGUAAUGUGCAGGAUUGAAUCAUCCUUAAACACUUGAAUUUAUUUUGUAUGAUAGUAUGCUUGGUAAGAUAACUUCCAGAAAAAUAGGGAUGGGAGAUGAUUUGCACGUUUCCAUUCCUGCUGUGAUGGAUACAGGACAUUCACAAUCCGAGCCAGUGGUGCUAAUAUAAUAGGCUGAGUGACUGAUGCUAUCAGGUUUAUCAAAUCAAAGACAUUCAGUAAAGUAAUAAGUUUCUCUUUCCUUCAGGUGCAUUGCCAUACACCCCCAGAUGAGGACAGGCUACCCAAGAGGUCAGCAUUAACUUCUAUAGUAUAUCUGGAGGCACUGCAUUAUCUUAAAAGGCAGUCAAAAAGCAUUCAUAAAUGUCAAACUUUGAAAAUUCUAGCCUGUGUUUGCAAUACUACAGUUUUCACGAUAAAAAAAAAAAGGAA